AUGGAGGACCUGUGUAAAUUAAAAACAAUUGAUGAACCUUUGAGGCACAGAUUCGAUGUUGGUAAGGACACUGAAUUCAAGUGCCAACAGAUGGUAGAAGAACACGAGGAAGCGAUUGAAAACUGGUACUUUCAUAAGCAAAAGUCUGAUCCGGACAUGUACACUUGGUUGUGUCUAGAGAAACUGAGUGUUUGUUGUCGUAGUGGUCAUUAUGGUAAGGACUGUAAACCGUGCCCUGGUGUCGAUAAGGGAUUACCGGCCUGUUUUGGAAGGGGAUCGUGUAAUGGUGAUGGAUCUCGGCAAGGUGAUGGAAAAUGCAAAUGUGAAACGGGUUAUGUUGGCUUCAUGUGUAGUAAUUGUGAUGCAAAUUAUUUCACCGCCCAGAAAACUCCAAACUCAAUUGAAUGUAAAGAAUGCGAUCCGGCGUGUAAGGGUGGUUGCGAUAAAGAAGGAGCAGUCGGAUGCAAGGAAUGCCGUAGUGGAUGGAUAAUGGAUGCGAUUGAGGGAUGUAAAGAUGUAGAUGAAUGCGAGGACGAGGGAAGAUGCCCUGGAGAGCAUGCUAUUUGUAUCAACACGAUUGGAUCAUACCAAUGUUCAUGUGAGCUCGGCUUUGUACGUGAUUCGAAUGGCACGUGUGUUUUGGAUGUUCAAGCGGAUCACGUAGACAUGUGGUUACGACCAGACGUAUUGCUUCGUUCAAUAGCACUCACAAGUUUCUGUAUUCUCUUACCGAUUGUUAUUUGGAGGCGUUCAAUUGGCUUGCUUAUAUUUGCGUUAAUUUGCCUUCUCAUCGUUGUGUACAUCGAAUUUUGGGUCGAUCACACAAGCAUGCCUCAGUUCUCACAGAAUAUCUUUUGA